AUGUCAUCAGCAAGAGGAUCCUUCUCUGCGCCUGCGCAGGUCCACGAAUUCGAUGGAGUCCUCUCUGACUUUGACGGCACGAUUAUCGAUUCCACAGAUGCAAUUGUGAAGCAUUGGCACGAAAUCGGCACCGAGCUAGGUGUCGACCCCAAGACUAUCCUGGCGACCUCUCAUGGCCGCCGCAGCAUUGACACUAUGGCACUAUAUGACCAAACCAAGGCCAACUGGGAUUACGUAAACCACGUCGAAGGUCAAAUCCCCAAGAAAUACGGCUCAGACGCCGUCGAAAUCCCAGGCGGCCGCGACCUCCUCUCAGCUCUGGAAACCACCAAUGCGCGCUGGGGUGUAGUAACAUCCGGCACGCGCGCCCUGAUCGACGGCUGGCUGGAAGUUCUCGGCCUCACACACCCGAAGAUGCUGGUAGUCGCCGAAGACGUGCCACUAGGCAAACCCGACCCCCGCUGCUACCUCCUCGGCGCGAAGAAGCUCGGGCUCGAAGAGUCCAAGUCUAUUGUUGUGCUUGAGGAUGCGCCGUCUGGGAUUAAGGCUGGUAAGGCGGCUGGGUAUAAGGUUAUUGCGUUAAGUACUACGCAUUCGCUGGAGAAGUUGAAGGAGGCUGGUGCGGAUUGGAUUGUGCAGGAUUUGAGGAGUCUUUCUGUUGUUAGUGUUGAGGGUGGGAAGGUCAAGAUUGAAAUCCGGGAUGCCUUGCAAUAG